CCGAUACACCCCAAUCAUCAAUCCCCCCUUUCCUCUUCCCACCCACCCGAGCGAGCGAGGGAGGGAGAGUUCCAAUGGCGUCUGCGCUCAUGUCUCUACUUCUCCAAACUCUGGUUCUCCUCAUAGGGAUGGCGGAGGCUCGGAACACUCCGGCGAAGGAAUCCUUGCAGGAUCCCGAUCUAGUCACCUCACUUCCCGGCCAACCGCCGGUGAAAUUUCGCCACUACGCCGGCUACAUCGGCGUAGGCGACCGGCAAGAGAAGGCGCUCUUCUACUGGUUCUUCGAGGCCGAGCACAGCCCCGAUGAGAAGCCUCUAGUUCUCUGGCUUAACGGAGGCCCUGGAUGCUCGUCCGUCGCAUACGGCGCUGCGCAGGAGUUGGGACCAUUUCUGGUAAGGAGUAACAGCCCGAACAUUACUUUGAACCCAUUCGCCUGGAACAAAGCGGCCAAUCUUCUCUUCCUCGAAGCUCCAGUCGGCGUCGGCUUCUCCUACACCAACCGGUCGACGGAUCUCCGUAAACUUGGCGAUCGAGUCACUGCCGAGGACUCCUACUCCUUCCUUCUCUCCUGGUUCCGCCGCUUCCCUCGCUUCCAGUCCCAUGACUUCUACAUAGCCGGGGAGAGCUACGCCGGACACUAUGUUCCCCAGCUGGCGGAGCGAAUAUAUGAGGGAAACAGAGCGGCAAAGCUGAUCCCAUUGAUUAAUCUCAAGGGAUUCAUGGUAGGGAACGCGGUGCUGAACGACGCGACGGACCAGAUGGGGAUGGUGGAGUACGCAUGGAGUCACGCCAUCAUCUCCGAUGAGCUCCACGCCAUCAUUCGCAACCAGUGCGGCUCAUUUCAGGAAGAUGGUGACCCCCCCGCCGGCCCCGAAUGCUCGCCGGCACUCCGAGCUUUUCUCCAGGCAUAUUCCGACAUCGACAUCUACAGCAUUUACACCCCGGUCUGUCUUUCAUCACUUGGUCGCCGGAAUUCAAGGCUUGUAGCGGCUCCUCUUCUCUUUUCUCGGCAUGGACUGUGGCGUAGAAUGGCAGCUGGUUACGAUCCAUGUACGGAGGAGUACGUUGAGGCAUACUUCAACAGGGAAGAUGUUCAGAAAGCUCUGCAUGCCAAUGUGACGCAGCUUUCUUACCCCUACUCCUCAUGCAGCGAGGUGAUCGAGAAGUGGAACGACUCUCCGGCCACGGUUCUGCCCAUCCUUCGCCGGCUCAUGAACGCCGGCCUCCGCAUCUGGGUCUACAGUGGGGAUACGGACGGUAGGGUUCCGGUGACAUCAACUCGUUACAGCAUCAAUGAGAUGCAUCUGAAGGCGAAGCAGGAUGAGAGGAAGGGGAGGAAGAGGGAAUGGGGAGGGUGGAGAGCUUGGUACCAUAAGGAGCAGGUUGCGGGAUGGGUGGUGGAGUAUGAGGAAGGUCUUUCGUUGGUGACGGUGAGGGGGGCGGGGCAUCAAGUUCCCAUCUUCGCCGCCGAUCGCUCGUUAGCUCUCUUCUCUCACUUCCUCCACGGCCGGACGUUACCGGCGGACCGUUUUGCUCGGGCUUGAGCUCCAUUUGGUUUUGUGAUUGAUUUAGUUCUCAGUCUCCUUCUUGGUUGUUAUUUGUUGUGAAAUUUAUAUUGUCUUCUUGUUUGUCUUCUCUUCUUGGUUGUUAUUGGUUGUAACAUUUAUAUACAUAGCAUCUCAUUCUUAUCAAUUUAGGGUCUGUUUUGGGGAGUUGUA